AUGAACUGGAUAUCAACAGAAGAAUAUCAUUCAACAAAUCAAAACAAUAAUCAUUCUUAUAUUUUGUCUAAUCAAUUCAAAUCACAAAGGAAUAUUAGUCAACUGGAAUCAUUAAACAUAGAAACAGAUGUUAAUAACACUAAUAAUAGAGCUUCAUUCACACAAUGUUCAAAUUUAUCGCCAUUAGUUGAGAAUCCCUAUCACAUUACAACAUCAAGACAACAAUUAUCAGAAGAAUCCAUAAGAGUCCCAGUAAUUCCUAGUUUACCAAUGAAAAAUGUUAACUGUAUAGAUAAUAAUGUACAGAAUUGUAUUAAUUGUAAUGGCGAUUUAAUAAACUAUUUGGAUAAUGUAAAGUUCUCCUAUAAAAAUGUAGAUGAAAUUGAUCAUUUAUAUAAGAAACUACGAAAAAAUUUAAAACAAAACAGUUUACUUGAAUAUUAUUUUUUAUUAAUUCUACAACAUUUAUUUAAAUCAUUAUUAUUAUUUAAGUAUAAUUCUAUGGAUAAUAAACAUAAACAUAUACAUACAACAUACAUGUAUAAUACAUAUUAUAUUAUUAUUAUAUGGAAAAAAUUUAUUGAAAAUUGUCAUUUAUUAAUAUGUUCAAUUAAAACAAUUCAUCAAAAUAAUUUUCAAACAUUGAAUAUUGUACAAAAAUAUAAAAGUAAAAGUUUAUUAGAUUUAACAAAUUUUAUAAAUUAUAAUAAUUAUCCAUGGAAUAUAUCAUGUACAUAUAAAUCUUUCACUCAAUGCUUUAGAUCUAGUUUACCAAUAUUGAAAAUUGAUCAACCUAUAGUUAUGAAUGUAAACCCUAGUAAUAAUAACAAUAAUAAUAAUAUGGUUAAAAGUACAUCAACUAGUGAUUUCGAAUCGAUUUGUUCUGACAAUGAUCUAAUAGAUAAACAUAUAGAAAGUGAACAUUUAACAAAUAUUUUCAACCGAAAUAUUUGUCUAUCUGAAGAAUUAGAUACAGAAACUAAAGAUGCACAAAUCAAAUCUAAGAUAACUUUGGAAUUAUCAAAUUUAAAAUCUUCUAACAAGAAUAUAUUUGAAAGUUUAGAGAAGAUUAGUUCAUCCACAAAUAAUGAAUUAACACAUUUAUCUAUAUCUAAUAGUAGUUGUUCUGUAUUGUAUCCACAGUUACCAAUAAUCUCUAUACCAGCCCCACCACCAUUUAAUCCCCCUCCUCCUCCACCUCCACUCCCUGGAAAUUGUUUUUCUUCAUCAAAAAUAUCAUUUACAUCAGUAUCAGAUAAUACUUCAACUGAAAAUGAAAAAUCCCGUCAUCAAGAAAUACAAAAUCAAAUAGUAUCCAAUACUACAAAUGUAAACGAAUCUAAUAAACAUAAGCUAAAACCAUUUCGUUGGACAAAAGUUUAUACAUCUAAAUAUAAUAAUGUAUGGAAUAACAAUAAUUGUACAUGCUCGAAAACGUCUGAUUAUAAUGAGACUGUAAGAAGAAAACCAAUCAGCUUUAUUAAUCUGAGCAAAUUAAAUGUCCUAUUUGCUCAGAAGCAAAAACUUUCUAUGAAAAAUCCUGAAAUGAAAAUAUCACCGAACAUGGAGUUGUUUUGCCUACCAAUGUCAACUGAUAAACAAACAGUUGAAAGAGGAAUUAAUUAUGACUCUUUUCAUCAGGAAUUCUCAGGUGAAAAAAAUGUACAAGAAAGCAAUUUAACAGUGCCUCCAACUUCGGAUCGUAAACUACUUUGUGCUAUAAAUUCUUAUCCCAUACGUGGGAGAUCACUUUCAUCUUCGCGUACUAUGGAGUUUAUUCAAAAACAUAAUGAGCCCAACUUAUUGGAAAGUCAACGGUGUUUGAAUAUAAACAUUUUUCUACGUCAGUUUCGACAUAUUCAUAUAAAAUUACUCGAUCUGAUUGAUCAGUGUGAUGGUAGUUUAAUUGGUUCAGAACGGUUAAAAGAUUUGAUUAAAUUACUUCCAACAGAUCAAGAAAUAAAGUGUUUAAAAGCAUUUCAAGGUAAUGUAAAUUAUAUGGAUCCUGCUGAACGAUUUUUUUAUGAUUUAGUUAGAAUACCAAAAUAUUAUCACAAAAUUGAUAGUAUGUUGCUGAAAGAAGAAUUUCAACCAACGAUCAAGUGGAUAAAAUCAUCACUAGAUAAUGUAAUGAAAACCAGUCAAGAAAUACUAACAUCUCCAUUAAUUUGUGAAUUACUUCAAACUGUCUUAGAAAUCGGCAAUUAUAUGAAUGAGGGUAACAAUCUUGGAUCAGCAUCUGGCUUCAAACUUUCCAGUUUACUAAAACUUUCUGAAGUGCGAUCAAAUGAUUCAAAAUUCACUCUAUUACAUUUCCUUGUUCAGGAGUUUAAGACAAAUAAUCCACAAAUGUUAAGAAUUACCGAAACAAUACCAUAUUUAAAGGAAGCAUCAGAUGUAUCACUUGACUUAAUUAUAAAAGAAAUUAACCGAUUCAGAAGUAGAUUACAAAAUAUGACUCAACAAUUUGAUCCAGAAACAUUUGGAAAACAAUCAAAAAUUUGUGAAUUUAUCGAGCAAUCAAAUAAAGAACUAAAUGAUGUACAAAAACAAGUGGAAAAACUUCAAGGAUUAGAAAUAGAAUGUGCAAAAUAUUUCUGUGAAUGUCCAACACAAUUUAGAAUUACAGAGUGCCUACAAACAUUCAGUUUAUUUUUUGAGAAAAUGAAAUCCACAGAGCAAGAAAUAAAAGAAUUUGAACAAAUGAAUAAAGAGAGAUUGGAAAGAUCAAAUCAAAAUGAUACAUUGAAUCAAGCAAAUACAAAAUAUAAUCAUAAAAACAGUCGAAUAGCAGAGGAUAAACCAAAAUCAAGCCAUGAUGAUCAUAAUACAAUGAUGAAUCUAAUUUCUAACAAUAUAUCAAAUCCUAGAGUAGUACACAAUCGAUUAAGAAGUCGUUCUAAUGCAAAUAAACUUAAUUUUUCAAACUCUUCAAAUUCAUUAUCUAAAUUCACCAAAGAAAAUAAUAACCUGAAUAAGGACAAAGGUAAUACAGAUGAAUUGAAUAUGGUCUCAAAACCUACUAUUUCACAUUCUACGUCAGUGUUUGAACACUUAUCAACAAACACAAAUGAAAAGCACAAUAAUAUUAGAAUAAGAUCACGUCAAUCAGUUGGACAACAUCGUAUGAAUACUAAAUUUCAAAUAAUUAACAAUGAAUUUGAACGUGAACGUAGGCCAUGGUCACAGAUAGAAAAUCAAUCAAUUAAUUCUCCCAAAAAUGAAAUUAACCAACAGUUAGAUGAAUCGAAAGCCAAUCAAAGUAGUGAUGAAGAGACAGUAUAUCGGUUGAAUGAACGAAUUAAACGAUUAACAUUAAAAUUUAAUAAAAGCUAA